GCAGAUCCUGAGAAGAAAGAAACUAAAGAUGCCAAAUCCCGUGCAGGCAUGAAGAUCCCUGUCAUCAACUUUUUUCUCCUCCUUGUGGUGUCAGUGAUAGCUGUGAUUGCUUUAUGCUUGCAAUUUUCAAAACAGGCAUCCAAAGAGGAUGAUGAUCGUAGUUUAAUGACUACAAAUGAAUUAAGACAGAACCAAUCUGAAACAGUUUUGGCAAUGAUGAAUAAAAGUAUUUCUGACCUUCUGCUCCAGCUCCAGCAAACAAAAGGUAAUAUUUCAAUUAUGACAAAUGAUAAUAGAAAUCUUCAGAGUAAAUUUGAGAAAGCAGAGGAUACCAUCAAGGCAAUGAGUGGUAAUCUGACUGAACUUCAAAAUCAGCUCAAGAAAGAAGAGAACAUUAAAGAGCUCAAGGAAAUGAAGACACAACUCACUGAAGCAAAGAAAAACAUUUCAGAACUCCAGCAAAAUAACAAUUUGUUCAGCAAAAAUGUAUCUUCUCUUCAGUCCCAAGUCAGUUCAUCUAACAGAGAAAUUGCAUUACUAGGAUAUAAUAAAACUAACAUGCAGUCAAAAUUGCAGGAAGCUCUGGGUAAGAUCACAGCUCUGUCUAAGAAUCUGACAGUGGUGCAAACUCAACUCAAGAAAUCAAAACGGAUCAUUACAGCACUCACUGAAAGGUUUGGAUGUUGCCAUGAUCUCUGGGUGAAAUUUAAUAGCCACUGUUACUAUUUCUCUAAUGAUUCAUUAACAUGGGACCAAAGCAAGGAGAAGUGUGUUGAAUACUCAUCUUGGUUGGUAAUAAUUAAAACUGAUGAAAUAAAGUUAGAAAACAUUUAG